AUGUCUUUACAACAGGUUAUUGUGGAAUCGGCCCAGCUUCUGGAGAACCAGCAGCCCGAAAAAGCCGUGGAGCUGCUGAGUGCCAAAGCUGGCGAAUUCCAAGACUCGCCGCUUUUUCUGCAGUCGUUUGGAGAGGCACACUUGGAAAACGGAGACGUGGAAAGCGCAUACGACGUUCUGAGCAAAGCCUGUAAAUUGGACCCGGAGGCCAAAAGCGGUGUGGAGAAGUUCUUGUAUCUGGGCCAGAUAGUAGGAGCAAAUGACGGCGUGGACCUGUUGGAGACGGGGGUGAAGAGGUUAUUGGCUCAGUUGGAAAUGGUCCAGGCGGAAACUGCACAGGAACUGGACGAAAGCACGCAGCUGCUGUUUGCAGCUUACUCAGAGCCCGAAAAAGUCCAGGAGUAUCUUCUCAAGAAACUAAAUCAGGCCCUGUUCGCUAUAAUCGAAAUCUGGAUGACCGAUCUGUGCAUGGAGCCGGCAGCAGAGGAAGAGUGCGAAAAAUGCAUCCAGCUGGCUCUCAGUCUGGACAACACCAACGGAGAAACGUGGUCGUUACUGGCCAGCAUCCGCAUUUCGCAGCAAAAGACACAGGAGGCGCGCGAGGCCGUGAAAAAAGCCUGGGAGCUUCUCGAGCACAAAAAAUCCACUCUGGAGGACUCUACCGAGCCCGAGUCCCAGAUGGAGUACAUCGACCUGUGCCAGCCGCUGACGACGCUCUCCAAGUAUGCAAUUGAGACGGGACUGUUCGAAUUGGCGACAGCUAUAGCGUCGUCUGUGCAGGAUAUCAACGAGCAGAGUGUCGAGAGCUAUUAUUUGGAAGGAUUCGCAUAUCUUCUGGCGGCCAGAAGAAACCAGAACGGCAUUUCCGAGGAGGACGGAGACAAAGUGUCAGCGAACUAUGAGCAGUAUCCGCUGAAUGAGCGCGACGAGACGGUCAGAGAUGCCCGCUUGGCGCUCACCGAGGCGUACAAGCUGUUGCAGGUGGACAGUGUAGCUGCCGAGACGGACAGAGACCUAGCCAACACGGUGGUGGAGCUGGUGAACGAGCUGGGUGGCCCGUUAUUCGAAAAGGCCAGCAAGGAGGACGUGGACCUGGAGGAGCUGCUGGAGAACGAAUAG